ACAUUUUCCACCCCUUUGGAGUACUUCCUCAAAGCUGCAGCGUAUAUAAAGUCUGACUGCGACAGACUUUUCAAGAAGGAACCACUCUCAACAAAGAGGUCUCAACUUACUUCCCACUGCAAAUAUCGAGAAUGCUCCUGUGUGGAACUGUGCUGCUUCUGCUGGCUUCAGCCUUGGCAUACUACCCUGAGAGUCUGUCAUUGGACUCAGAGUGGGAAAACUGGAAGACUACCCACAGGAAAGAGUACAAUGGUCUGGGUGAAGAGCCCAUCCGUAGAGCAGUCUGGGAGAAGAACAUGCUGCUGAUUGAUGCCCACAACCGCCAGUAUGAGCUAGGCAUGCACUCCUACGAGCUCGCCAUGAACCACCUGGGAGACAUGACAACAGAGGAAAUGGUAGACAAGAUGACUGGUUUGCAAGUCCCAGUUUUCCGGGAUUCCAACUCCACCUUCAUUCCUGACAUGAACAGGAAGAGGCUGCCGAAAGCCAUCGAUUACCGCAAGCUGGGCUAUGUUACCCCUGUCAAGAACCAGGGUUCCUGCGGGUCCUGCUGGGCCUUCAGUUCUGCAGGCGCCCUGGAGGGCCAGCUCAUGAAGACCCAGCAGCAGCUGCUGUCCUUGAGCCCUCAGAAUCUGGUCGAUUGUGUCACCGAAAACAAUGGCUGCGGAGGAGGCUACAUGACCAACGCAUUCAAUUACGUCAAGAAUAACCAAGGCAUCGACUCUGAGGACAGCUAUCCCUACGUCGGAGAGGACCAGCAGUGCGCCUACAACAAGUCAGGCAAGGCAGCCGAGUGCCGGGGCUUCAAGGAGAUUCCAGAGGGAAACGAGCACGCCCUGCAGAUAGCGGUGGCCAAGGUGGGCCCCGUAUCUGUGGGAAUUGAUGCCAGCCUCUAUUCCUUCCAGUUCUACAAGAGAGGUGUGUACUAUGAUGAUAACUGCAACAAGGAUGACAUCAAUCAUGCAGUACUGGCUGUGGGUUAUGGAGUCACUGGCAAAGGAAAGAAGUAUUGGAUAGUCAAGAACAGUUGGGGUGAAGAAUGGGGAAACAAAGGCUACAUACAGAUGGCACGUAACCGCAACAACCUCUGUGGAAUUGCCAACCUUGCCAGUUAUCCCAUCAUGUAACUGCCAGACCUCAUCAGGGGAAUCGAAACUACUUUGAAUCUAUUGCACACAACUUGAACUGAAACAAAACACAUAAAGAGAAAUAUCACAUAAUAAUUCACUGGAAGUUUGCAGCUUCAUCCUGCAGCUUCCUCUCUGUAUGCUGCCUCUUUACACAGUUGUAUUAUCUGAAAGUUAUCUAAAAGUGUCUUUAAAUUCCUUUAAAUGGCAUUGCAGUCUGAUCAACUUUUCUUAUGCACAUUUAAUGGUGGAACGGAUUGCUGGAAUGAUCCACUGAUCCACUCAUGGCAGGCUUGCAGCAGUGGGAAUGUAUUUCAACAAAGGUUUCUGAUUGUAUGGCAUGAAAUAAUGUAAAUUGAGGCUCCUACUGGUAGGGUCCUGUUUUAUGUAAACUCUGUUAUUUUGUUAUUGUUCAGCACUGUUCUGUUCAAUCUGUGACUUUGUUCUUACGUGUUUUGUUUUAUACUUAAUAAAACUAUGGUUGAUUAUC